AUGCGCGGUGGCAAUGGCGAGGGUCUGGAAGGCCGCGAGGAGGAGACUCAGUUCCCCACAGCCAGCAUGAUGAGGCAGUCGCCUCUGAUGCAGCACUGUCCUUUGAGGGGAGCUCCCAAGUGUCCUCCUGCUUCUAAAAGAUACCGCACCCACGAUGGCACAUGCAACAACAUCAACCGUCCCCGAUGGGGGGCCACCAUGACUCCUGUCCAGCGGUUCCUAUCACCAUCCUACUCUGAUGGACUCCAAGCAGCCAGGCGGUCCAUCUUCGGCUCUAAACUUCCUUCAGCAAGAGAGAUCAGUUCCACCAUACAUGAAGAUAGGAAUGCGGAAACGAUUGGAGUAACGCAUUUGCUGAUGCAGUGGGGGCAGUUCCUGGACCAUGAUCAUCCAGAAUGCUUCCCCAUCCCAGUGCCAGCAUCAGAUCCGUUCUACGGGCCUCGUGGAGUACGGUGCCUCGACUUCGUGCGCUCAGCACCAGCACCCCGCGAUGACUGCGCCCUCGGCUGGCGGGAGCAGCUGAACCAAGUGUCCGCCUAUAUAGAUGGGUCACCGCUGUACGGCAGUUCGGCUACCAAGUCUGACAAGUUGAGGCUGUUCAGGAAUGGCAUGCUCCAAUACGGAAGGGUUCAGCAACGUCGGCCAGUUCUUCCACCGGAGCGACGCGACGAGCUCUGCCGUAAGGGGGCUGUGUCCACUGACUGCUUCAAGUCUGGAGACGCCAGGGUCAACGAGCACCCAGGACUAGUGGCCGCUCAUAUCGUGUGGCUGAGGCAACAUAACAGAAUGGCUCAAGAGCUGACACACCUGAACCCACACUGGAGUGACGAGAAGAUCUAUCAGGAGACGCGCAAGAUUGUGGGAGCCAUGAUACAGCACAUUACUUAUAGAGAAUUCCUGCCUAUAGUGCUCGAGACCUGCUCCGGCGCCUCCACGGUGCAACGCCUGUUACGACACAUCCCUAGGGAGACGGGUGUCUCCUUUAAGCCUUGCUGUCUACGGCAGCACGUGACCACUGUGCCACCGUCUUCCCUGAGACCACAAGGUGGGCACCUAGAGUCCCCACUCUACGCACCCGUGGCCCCAAAGGUCCGCCUGAAGUUUAUGCAGGCGGGAUUUCGGCGUGUUAGGCAUCAAGGGUCCGAGGUGAUGCAUCGCUUUGAGCUGGAAUUACAGAAGAAGGGAUAUUACAAGGGUUACAACCCUAAGAUCAACGCUAGUCCAGCCAGCUCGUUUGGUUCAGCAGCCUUCAGGUUCGGCCACAGCCUCGUGCAGUCUUCCAUGGUACGCUUUGACAGGUUCCAUAGGCCCAUGAGUAACAAUGUUUCUCUUCACGACGAACUAACAAACCCUUCAAACAUCUGGUCCAUCGGAGCAGUAGACCGUCUUCUCCUCGGUAUGCUGAACCAGCCGAUACAAAAACGCGACGAAUUCAUUACGGGAGAGCUCACCAACCACCUCUUCCAAACUCCUCAUUUCGACUUCGGAAUGGACCUCGCGGCUAUUAACAUUCAGAGGGGAAGGGACCAUGGAGUGCCUCCGUACACGUCGUGGAGGGAACCUUGUGGGUUGUCCGCUAUUGAAGAUUUUGAGGACUUACUUCGAGUGAUGCCAGCCAGGGCCGCAAGGAAGAUGAAGGCACUGUAUAGGCACGUAGAUGAUAUAGACCUAUUUACUGCGGGUAUGGCAGAGAGACCAGUAGUUGGAGGUCUCGUGGGACCAACAUUUGCCUGCAUCAUAGCACAGCAGUUCGGCAACCUUAGGAAAGGAGAUCGUUUUUGGUACGAAAACGGAGGGUUUGAAUCAUCGUUCACGCCAGCGCAACUCCAACAAAUUCGCAGAAUCUCCUUCGCACAAAUUCUCUGCAGGACUUUAGACAGCAUAGAGACAGUACAGCCGUUCGUUUUCCUCUCAACUGACAACCCUGACAAUGACAGGAUAUCCUGCCAGAACGGACUGCUAAAUAACUUUGACUUAUCUCCCUGGGUCGAAAUAGAUCAAGACGCUGAAUCUGACAAUGACAUAAGCAAAUCUGAAGAGACUACUCCCAAACACGUAAGGAAAACCACAACUACAUCUAAACCUUCGACUACUAAAAGGACAGCUCCAAAAGGUGCCUUAAAACCUAACAAAAAGAAACCUGACAAUAAUUCCACAACUAUCAAAAACAUGACGAUUGAAAAUUUGACUAAAGAAAACUUGACUAACAAACUUGACCUAACUGACCUAAAGAAAGACAACGACAGUGACGAACUUAACUUGACUUUGACUUUGACUAAAGACGUGACUACUACGACUAAACCUAACAUGACAACUAAACCCACCGUGACUAGACGGGACGUACAGAUUGAUGAUAAACUUGACUUCAAAAACAAAAGCCGACGUUUUGAUGACUUUAAAAUGGACUCUAGACGUAGACCUGCUAACAAGUAUGACGAAUAUGACUAUGACGACGAAGACACUCAACAAGUGCAAUCAGUUGUUAUAAAUAACGUUGCGCAUAAAAGACCACAAUACAAUAGACCUAACCGUCGACCAGUGAUUACGGUGACUGAGAACAUUGACAAAUACACUUACUUGAUAAACUAUGUGCCGAGACCAACUGAGUCUUGGCGACAGUCGACUAGACGACACACUACAGGACGACCCAUGACUGACAGAGAUGUAGUCAAAGUGACAUACCAGACUUACGACGAUACUUAUAGACGACCAAAUAAACCUUACUACUACAACAGACAAGACACUCAACAAAAUAACUACAGGUACAACAGACCGACACACACUACUAAGUAUAACUAUCCUUCAUCUGCUAGAUCUAAUGACGAGACUGUGACUCCAAGAGACAAAGUGACUGACAAACCAGACGCUAAAACUGAAACCACGACUGACUUAUACAAACUAGUGACGUUUGGUUACGUAGGGACUUACAAGGGUGAAGCUAGUACGACUGAAAAAAAGAUGACUGACAAACAUAUUGCUGCUAAAGAUAUAACUGAGAAAGAUGUGACUGACAGACAUAAAGCUGAGACUAUUAGUAAAGACUUCUCGACUUUUGACGUUAAUGAAGAUAAAAACAUGAAACUUUCGACGUUUUACGUUUAUGAGACUGCAACAAAACCUUACUUACAAAGACCGACAAGACGGAAUGAUGAAGUGCCGAUACAGACAAAUAAAUACUAUUACAUAAGGAACGUAUUACACAAAUACUAUGACGAUGACAAAAGUACUCCAAGACCUAACAACAAAGAUGAGAAGAAAGAAGUUAAUCACAAUACAUACAACAAACCUGACAAUCAGAAAAUAGAAGAAAGGUCAGCUGUUGACAAGAUGGCUUCAUUGGACGAGGUUGAAGUAAAAUCUAAAGCGCAGGAAAAGCUUAAAAACAGAAUAAAACCAAGUUCAAGCCCAGCGAAAACUCCAUCAGUGGCUUUCCAAGUCAUUCCAAGUGAGAACAGUGCCUCCCAUUGGGCGGUCUACGAAGAAAAUUCUGACCUACCCGAGCAGCAUAAAAUGCCGGCAAUUAAGACAGAUCCUUAUGCUCUCAAGGAAAUACCAACGCCUAUCGCCUUCAACAGUUUCAGAAGACGAAGACCGGGCAUCGGAAGACCAUGAGAACAAUAGCAGCUUUAGAUAAUCUUGCCUAACCCUAAUAGAUGUAAGGACA